CGGACCGAAUGGAUAGUUCAUUUGUGAAAAUGGCUGCUCUGCGUUUGGUCUGUCUUGCCGUAGUCUUGGUUCUGGGACUGGUCCAAGCCUUGGACAUUCCCAAGGCUAAGGAUGUGCCUGUUUUGGUCAGGACCAUGAAGGACUUGAACCGUGGUCCGCCGCAGCCGGUGAUGACUAAGCGCGUGAAUGUCCAGGAAAAAUGGAUCACUCAGAAAUUGGAUAACUUUGACGAGAGCAACACUGCAACCUAUCAAAUGCGAUAUUUGAUCAACGAUGAGUUUCAAACUGAGGGAAGUCCCAUUUUCAUUUAUUUGGGCGGCGAAUGGGAGAUAGAGCCAAGCAUGAUCAGCGCUGGACAUUGGUAUGAUAUGGCCGCUGAGCACAAGGGUGUUCUCGUCUACACCGAACAUCGUUACUACGGCCAAAGUGUUCCCACUUCUACCAUGUCCACAGAGAAUCUCAAGUAUCUGGACGUAAAACAGGCCUUGGCUGAUGUUGCCAAGUUCAUUAAAACCAUCAAGGCUGAGAAUGCCCAAUUGGCCAACUCCAAGGUGCUGCUGGCUGGCGGUUCCUACUCGGCCACCAUGGUGGUGUGGUUCAAGCGUCUGUAUCCCGACCUGGUCGUUGGUGGCUGGGCCUCCAGUGCUCCUCUUUUGGCCAAGGUCGACUUCACCGAGUACAAGGAGGUGGUGGGCCAGGCCUUCCUCCAGUUGGGCGGCCAGAAGUGCUACAAUAGGAUUCAGAACGGCAUCGCCGAGUUGGAGUCCAUGUUCGCCAAUAAGCGUGGAGCGGAAGCUAGGGCCAUGUUGCGCCUGUGCAAUAAUUUCGAUGACCAAAACGAUCUGGACAUGUGGUCCCUGUUCGGUAGUAUCUCAAAUGUAUUCUCUGGUGUGGCGCAAUACCAAAGAUCCGGCGACAUUGAGUACUACUGUGACUACCUGUUGAGCUUCCGAGAUGAUGUCACGGCCAUUGCUAACUUUGUGUACUGGGGCUGGGGAAUGCCCAAGUGCGUUGAUGUCACCUACUCCAGCACCGUUGAGUACUAUCUAUGGUUGGUGGAAAACUUUGAUGCUGGUCGUCCUUGGUAUUAUCAAACAUGCAAUGAGUACGGCUGGUACCAAAGCUCUGGCUCGAGGAAUCAGCCCUUUGGCACCAAAUUCCCCGCCACCCUCUACAUAAACCUUUGCGGUGAUGUCUUCAGUUCGCAUUAUGGAAAUGAGCAGAUCAACAACAAUGCGGCCCAGACCAACGAGUAUUUCGGUGGCAUGGAGCCCGGUGUGGAGAAUGUCUACAUGACCCACGGUGCCUUGGAUCCAUGGAACCCCAUGGGCCAUGGAGUGGCCCAGGGAGCGACCGUCAUCGCCAAUGCCUCGCAUUGCGCUGACUUUGGAUCGAUCUCGUCCGGUGACUCCGCCGAAAUGCGGGCCUCCAAGGAAAAGCUCGCUGCACUGGUGCGCCAGUGGUUGGCUUAGACUUGUUGGCCAAUAUUGGUCUUUAUUUGAUAUUAUUGAUAUGUAAUAAAGGAGUAAAAGAACUAAUAUCAACUGAAAA